AUGUUCGGACGUGGACCAUCGCCGCGUCUAAGCCGCUCUUCAAAUAUACCCUCGGAUUGGCAACGUCACGGCCUGCAAUGCCUUCCUCACCUGGACCUCCACUAUCAGAGACGCAGGGAGCGCUGCUGCUGGGGGGGGUUGUUUGCAUCGAUGUUUGGCGGAAUGGUCAAUCUUCAGAGCAUAAUAUAUUACCGGUCCUACAAGAGGGACCCACCAAUAUUGAAAAGUUUGAUUCUAGUUGUUUGGCUUUUGGACAAUCUCCAUACGUGUUUCGUCUGGGGAGCGAUAUGGUUUGCGUUGAUUGAGAAUAACGGGGAGCCCCGCAAAGUCAACCUAAUACCAUGGUACCUACCGCUCACAGUCGUUACUACUGCGACGAACACUGUAUUGGCCCACUGUUUCUUUGCGCAUCGGAUCUUCAGACUGAGUAACGACAACUGGUUUAUGGUUGCUCCUGUGCUCUGCUUGACGGUCUUUCGUCUUGCCUGCGCUGGCGUGACAACGUCCAGAAUGUUCAUGUAUCCUACCUUUACAUCGUUUGCUAUCCACGCCCGAUGGAUUUUCAGUCUUGGGCUGGCGGUUUCGACCACUCUUGACAUACUCAUAACCGGCCUUCUGGUCCAUCUUUUCCGGGCAAAUCGUAAAGGCACUUCACGCAUCAACCAUAUCUUGGAUCGAUUAAUUCUGUAUGGUGUCGAAGCAGGUGCAUUAACUAGCCUUGGCACAUUCCUCUCAAUGCUAUUUUGGCUGGUUAAACCCGACAACCUUGUCUUUCUUGGUAUCUACGUCGUAAUCGAAAAACUCUAUGCCAACUCCCUCCUCGCCACUCUCAACACACGCAACAGCAUCCGCCAAAGCCGACGCAGCGUAACUUCAGUUGCGCCUGACCUAACCUCUCCCGUUAUCCACCUCGACGCGGCUGGUUCCCGCGCCAUACGAUCUUCUGAGGACCCGCUCACAUCACCUAAACUCGAGGGCUCGCUGGGGGGCGUACAGAUUAAUGUCCACGUUGAGCGCUCGACGAACGUCCAAUCUUUGAAUAGCUUGCUAUCCCAAUAA